AUGUUUGCACGGCUACGUAAUUGUGAACGUGUAAUAUCUGAUACGUACGUCAUCAGUAAAAAAAUACACACAGGAAACACGAUUUGCAAGAACACUCGUGCUGGGGUGGUACGUCGAACUAGAGAUCAAUCCCACCCCCUCACCUACGAGCAGGCAAAAAAGCCACAUCAAAUCGGUAUAAUGAAGUCUUGGAAUUCUUGGAAUACUUCAAAUUUGGAAGGAGAAGACCGUUACACAUCAGAAGUUACCCUUCAUGACCAGUUUAUUCGAACAUUUAUUAAUGGAACUUUUCCUUUGUUGGUUCAAAGUGAAGUUAUUAUCAAACGACAAUGUAACGUAAUACGUGUAGCUUUUUUACUAUUAAAGCGAAUAUCUCCAGGAGAAGCCAGUUUCCUCAUUGGUUACACAGAAGAAAUGCUUUCGCUUAUACUUCGAUGUGUUGUGAAACUAGAAGUACAAUUGGUGAUAUCCAAAAAUGAUGUUAUAUUUCGAUAUAUUUAA